UGUGUAUUCGCGGGAAACUUGUUGGCAAGCACCGCACAUCACGUCUGCUCGACUCUUUGUUGUAAAAAUUUAUUUUAUUUCUCGUAUUUGACAUUAUUUGGAGACUUGAAAGAUAUAAUUUAUAUCCUCCCGAGAUGAAACUGCUUCACAGUUUACUCCAACGGCAAAUUGUUCGCCCGUAUUCAGCGAAGAACAAACGUAUGUAGUAAAAUACGACCGACCUUCUGGCUUGUUUAUAUUUCGUAUAUUUAAGCGAAAUUCUCGCGAAUUGAACUGUUAUUCUUUCAUUUAUGGUAGAAGUGAAUGUGGACUUCAUGAUAGAAGCAAUGAAAUGCCAUAAGGACGACAAACACGACGUUAAAGGUCUAGACACAGAGGUAAACAAACACAAUUUGAAUUCUCAAUUUGUAUUCUCAAUUUGUAUUCCCUGUGGGAUUUUGCUUUUGUUCCAGUUUAAUAUCGAAUAGCUUGUAUUCUGGCAAAUCCUCAUUACGGUAUAAAGCAAAUAAAUUUGCAUUUCGAAUUUUCCUGCAUUGUAAGAAGUUAAGUUAAGUUAAAAUAUUUUUACACUGAUUUAUAUAAAUAUCGGAGGCGAGCCGGCCCAGGACCCAGCUGGCUUUGGCUGGUUUCAAGUAGGGGAAAAUAUGAAGUUUUAUUGCUGGCUUGCGAAAACAAACCACUGGUUCCACCCCUAUAAAUAUUAUAACGUAAAGAAAAUAUAUUUUUCUCAAACCUGAAAUUCACACUUCACCAUUAUAACACACAGAAUCAUUCACUGACAGAGACCUUUUAAGAUCAAAAUCUGUCGAGAAAAUCUUACUCACAAGUCACAACAAUAUAUUCAUGUGAAGUGAACAGAUCAAUAACAGUCAGCCCGCUUCGGCGAGCCAGCCCGGAUCAUUGCAUUUAUGUAUGGGAACUUCCCAGCCCGGUCAUCCGAUAUCUCGGGUCAGUCGAGGCGGGACCUCGCUUAGGUGGGCCAGCUCGGUUCCCAUAUAAAGGCGUAAAAAAAUACCUGUGGUUCCGGUUUCAUAUCGCGAAAAAAUUAGGGUCGGUAGGUCGGAAAUAAUAUUUUUUUGGAAUAUUUUUUUCAUGUUUUUUUCAAUAAUUAGUGUGACAACAGACGCCAUUUUGGCAGCAGCCCGCAACCACCCGGAGAAAAUAGGGUCGCACAGUCAAUCGCGUUGAAAAAAUAAUAGGGUCGGCAGAAAAAAAUAGGGUCAGUCGGAACCCGGAACCACAGGUAUUUUUUUAUGCCAAACGCAAAACGAAAUUUAGUAGGAAAUAACAAAUAACCCCCUUGCCUAACAUUCAUUAAAUUGCCCACUCCCCCAAAAAAAUUGGGGGCUGCAGGCCCCCUUCUUGUAUGCCUAUCACAUUUCAUAUUUCUUACAGGCGGAAGUUCCACCAUUUGCUUGUAGUUUCAACAACUGUAAGUAUAAUUAUAAGUAUAAUUAAAUCAACCUGAGUUCAAAUCAAAAGACAAUGAUCAUGUUUAAGUUACUCGUAUUUAUUUUUAGCAGUGUUACAAGGUCACAUGUUAGCUGUUGCGGACGAGGAAGGUGGAGUGUGUCUGUACGAUGUGAGGAGACAAGGCCCUUCAGCAAAACUGAAAGGUAGUUGAUCUUCAAGUCUUCAACAGCAACCAUUAACAACCAACAUUAAGACACAAUUACAGCAUAACAAGUUACCAUGAGUAUAUUUUUGUUUUAGGUUGGGUCGCACACAGUAAUGCAAUAUUUGACAUUGCAUGGGUUUGCAAUGAGCCAAAACUUGUAAGUGGCAAUUAAUAAAUAGCAGUAUUUGUUCUAUCAACUCGCCAAUGUGCAAGAAUCUCCCCUUGACAAGUAAAAUGUCUGGCAUUGGACAGAGUAAAAUAAUAAAGUUGGCUGCAUUGGGGUGCAAUGCCGCAUAAUAGAAUAGGUUAACUGUGAAAUUUUUUAUCACCUAGGUAACAGCAUCAGGAGAUCAGACAGCUCAAUUAUGGGACAUUCAACAGAGUACAAGACUUGCUGUAUUUAAAGGUCACAGCUGUAGUCUUAAGUCUGUUGAUUUUCAGGAUGAAAAUCUAUGUAAGAAAUUAUCACAUAAUACAAUGUGUUCUGUUGACUUUUUUCUACACAUUUAGUAAUUAAUACUCUAAUUAGAAAUUAUUCAAAUUAAUGUUAACAAUAAUUAACAAUUUUCUCACAGCUGUAUUUGCAACGGGUGCACGCGAUGGGAAUGUGAUGGUUUGGGACAUUCGUUGCAACAAACGUGAUGGUUACUACAAACCUGUCAACACCAUACACAACUGUCACUCAACUCUUGCAACGACUGGAACACCACAGAGAAGCAGAAGACGUGGAAGACGACUUUCAAAUGUUGUCACGCCAGUACGAAAAAUUUUCGUUAGAUUAUUUUAAUAAGAUUCAGUAACAGAAAUGGAGAAUGAAAGCAACAGACCUUUCCCCUUAUGAGUGAAAUUUUGAAAAUCUAGACAAGUCUAGACAAAAAUUUCAGCACAGCUUGAAAGAGCAUCACAAAAUUAGUAAUAUUCCGAAGUUUCGUUGCGAAAUGUUUUAAAAUGCGGACAAUAUAGCCUUGCGAAGUUUGCCGUUUUUCAGUCAUUUUGCAUUACAAAUUGAUAAUCAGAUGAUCAAACUGAUUAUCAAUUUCCCAUUUGUAAUACAAAAUGACUGAAAAGCGAAAAACUUCGCAAGGCUAUAUUAUCCGCAUUUUACAACAUUUCGCAACGAAACUUCGGAAUAUUACUAAUUUUGUGAUGCCCUUUCAAGCUGUGAUGAAAUUUUUGUCCAGGCUUGUCUAGAUCAAAAUUUCACUCAUAAGGGGAAAGGUCUAUUAUACAGUGUAAAUUGGGAAUGCUGUUACUCAGGAAAAAGUGUUUAAUGUUCUUGAAUCCUGAUUGGUUCCUUCAAAUGUUCCUCAAAAAUGUGUAAAAACAAUGGAAAAUUUGACAGUACAUUAACGGUGGUUUACACAUCAAAGUUACUGUGAUCACAGUAGGAAGUUUUGAAGGAUUUGUAAGAAAUAUUCGAGGAAACUGAUUCAGUGUUAAGCACGGAGUUAGUUCCCUCAAAAAUUUCUUACAAAUCCUUCAAAACCUAGAAUUUACCGAUGGAAAAUUCCUACUGUGAUCACAGAAACUUUUAUAGUGUAAACUAGAUAGAAGCAUGAAAAUUGAGCUACAUUAUGACUUGUCACUACAUAAUAGAAUGAAACGAUAGUGAAAGACGCCUAUUCAAAUUUUUUUAGGACUCGCAACAGAGUGUAACAUCAGUGAUAUUUCAGGACAUCAACACCAUCGUCUCAGCAGGUGCAGUGGAUGGAAAUAUCAAAGUUUGGGAUUUAAGAAAGAAUUACUCGACCAUCCGAACAGGACCUCUACCGUAUCACGUCUUUCCUUACCCCGCCUCUGGCACUCGUAAACAUGGUGAGAAUAAACUCAAAAUUUCAGCGCCAAUAAAACUAGAAACGAGAACGCGUUAGUUACGACGCACGGAAAAGCUUUUAAAGACCAUGUCAAGUCCGUUCUGCGCAUCAGUUCUGCUCAUAACAAAUGGGGACCCACAGAUAUAAAUAUUGCCCAAAUUUUGCGUCUUUCGAAUUUUUUUAAUUGAAACGUACUUAAAAAUCAUAAUGAAAGAACUGAAUAAAUAAGAAGAGCGCAUUUAGUUUCUGUAUGAUUUAAUAUGUCUUUGUUAAGGUAAUUAGUACUUAUAUAAAAUUUAGAAAUUUUAAGCCAGGUCGAAUUGCUUUUAAUCAGUGUUAAGUUUUGAAUUUCAUCUCCUCUAAUUAUGAAAUUAUCAUAAACAUACAAAGAAAAUUAUUGAAAAGGCCAAAAAAAAAACUAUGUGGGUUUCCGGUUUCCCGACCCUACCUAGCUUUUGGACGUCGAAAUCCCGGCCCUAAACUUUUUUAUUGGAUCAUGCUUGUAAGUGUUUCCACUUCGAGGAAAAAGUUUGUGGAAAAUUGAAAUUUGAGGCAAUAUUAGGGAAAUUUAUCUUUGGAUGUGGAAGCACUGACUAAACAAAAUGGCGUCCGCUUAUUCGGAAAAAUAAAAAAAGUUUAAAAAAAAAGAAGUUAAAACCGACCUACCCUACCUAAGUUUUUAUAAGAAGAAACCAGAAACCCACAUAUUUUUUUUUGGCCAAAUUGAAGGUCGUUGAAGUUGUUGAAAACUUGGCCUCGUUCUUAACACCAACACAGAAAAAAAUCUUGGCCUCGUUUUUUUAAACGCUUCUCUGCGCAAGAAAUAUUUUGGAAACAUGAUUAUUUUCAGAUCUUUCUGACAGUUUCUGCAAUAAUUAAUGUUCCCCCCAAGCUUUUUGAAACAAUAAAAAUUUUUCAAUUUGCAAUCGUCUUUUACUAGGUUAUUCAUCCUUAACCCUGGACUCAACCAAAUCCAAACUUUUCGCCAACUGUACAAAUGACGUCAUCUAUAUGUACGACUGUGUUACGUAUCAAAAUAAUCCUCUUGCAACAUUCCGAGGUCACAGUAAUGCAACAUUUUAUGUGAAGUCUUGUGUAAGUCCCGAUGAUCAGUAUUUGUUCAGCGGCUCAGGGGAUUGUGAUGGAUAUAUAUGGAGGAUUGAUGAUCCUGCUGCGGCACCGUUUCAUCUGACUGGGCAUACUAAUGAGGUCACAAGUGUAGCGUGGUGUCCUACGGACCAAACCAAGGUAUGUAAAUUAGCCAUUCCAAAGUUGAUGAGUGGACUGGGGACGAGUGUUAAAAAGUGCCCAAAUUAAGAAAUGAACCAAAUCACUAAAAAGAUCACCUCAAAAUUAGUAAGUAUGCAAAGUUUGAAGACGUUUACAUGAAUACCCUUCGAAUAAUAGCUUUCGAAAAUCGUGAAAUUACUGAUUAAUUAAAAGACUGUUUUUUGGGACGCGCGUUCCCCAAAACAAAAAUUACAGUACAUUUCAUAGCAAUCUCGUUCCCCGAGCCUGCGAUCCUCGGGAAGGAACGCGAGGCUCUGGGAUAAUCCGUUUCAGGGAGGAAUCUGAUUGGCCGUUGAAAUAGAAUGCGUAGUUCAAUCUUAGCCAGAAUUCCUGGCUUCCGGCAACGGAUUAUCCCAGAGCCUCGCGUUCCUUCCCGAGGAUCGCAGGCUCGGGGAACGAGAUUGAUUUCAUAGUAAAUAUCGCGAGUUUCGAAAGCUUAUAUUCGAAGGGUAUUCAUGCAAACGUCUUCAAACUUUGUAUACUUACUAUUUUUGAGAUGGUCUUUUUAGUGAUUCGGGUCAAUUCUUAAUUUGGGCACUUUUUAACACUCGUUCCCAGUCCUCUCACCAACUUCGGAAUGGCUAAUAUGGCUGAACAUUGGAGUAGAUGAUCAUCCCAGUGACGAUAUAUACACUUUUUAUACCUAGCCAGAAACGGUUGCGAAAAACCAUUGCCUUGAAUGUCAUCGCCAUUGAGCAUACUUUGGUUUAUUCUUACAGGUUGUCACGUGUUCCGAUGAUAACAGUUUGAAAGUUUGGUAAGUCGUGCAGACCUCAAGUCCAAGAUAUUCUAGCUCUGUCUCACAUUUCUUUUACCCCUCAAUAUAGGAGGGUGAAUUACGCGGAAAAAAACAAUGGUGAUUUUAUCGGAUGGUGUGAAAGGAAACCUAAUCCACCAUUACCCACAGAAGCGAAAGGUAGGACAAAAAGUCAACCACAUACAAAUGAAAAGAUUGAUACAAACUUAGAAGUGUUCUGAUUGACUACACGCUCUAAUUAGAACAAAUUCUAAAGCACUCUGCAAUCUCCUAAGGCUUUCAUUGUGAUGACUAUUAUUACGCACAAAAAUAACAAAUACUUUUGGCUUUAGAUGACCUGUCGUACAAGACUACAACCCCACAAACGUCUCCAAUCAGAUCACGAAGUGACUCCACACCAAGCUCUCCCGUUGGUCUAUCACCAAACCCAAUCAAAUGCAGCAGUCCUCAACAAUUUCUACAGAAUUGGUUACAACUGAGUGAUACAAGAAGCCCAAGUGGUCGGGACAGCCCUACAACCAACCCAAGGCCAAGUCUAAGGAAUACGAACAUUGAGAGCUCAAGUUGCAAUAAAAGACAAAGAGAAACCGAAAAUACAAAAAACAGAUUAAAUAAACGAGUUUGUCUCGAUAAAAGUACGGAGGAAAAUAGUGAUAAACACAGUGGUGAAACUUCCUCAGCUCAAUGCGAGGCUUCACUUGGAAAGGAGAUAUCUGAAUUCCAUACAGAUUUGGAUUUCACCAAAGGUUCAGAUAAGGAGAAUGUGGAUAUUAAUUUGAACUCGCAACUUAAUUCAGAACAAUCGUCUGUCAAUACGAAAUCAAGAGAACUAUCAGAGAAACAAUCUAAUACAGAAUUUAAAGACAACGGCUCAUGUUCAAUACAAACUAGCCAAUCAGAUUGUAAGAAUAUUAUGACGAAACAAGAAACUGACCAAUCAGGAUGGAAGAACGCGAUGACGAAACAGAAUGGCAAGAAAUCUAAUUGGUUACGUGAUAUGGGAGUAAAGAAGAAUAAAGUGUCAAGGAAAAUUAAACUUCCAAGUCAACCGAGUUCGCCUCAGCUGCAGGAACCUUCAUCCCCAAAUACAGUAAGUGUUAGAUUGUUCUGUGGAAAACAUUGCGUGUAUUUUACUUGGGAAGGCUUUUAUCCAUCAAAUAGAAGCGGUAGAAGAUGUAAGUUUGAAAAUACAAACAGAACUUGGACGUUUCGAGCGAAGACCCUUCGUCAGCGGUCAGCCCUUUGUAUUUUUCAGACAUUUGUAUCUCGUACAUACCCCGCUGCUGUUUGAUAUCAUCGCUAACUACACUGGUAACGACCGUUUGUUUUUUUGUCAAUCACUCCGAAUCUUCAUCGGUGCAAAUACAGUAAUGCAAGGAACUUGUCAUUGUUUGGUUUUUAUCGAGUCUUUUGGGGUUCAAAUGCAUGGAAGCCGGAAUAAAUUUAUUAAAAAAAACAUUAGGCCCUUUUGGACUUUUCGACAAGUUUUUUUGACUUUGGAUUUUGAAACACCGGCGACAGGCUGAUAUCGGUAUCGAUAUUAUUUUUUUCUAAUUAUGUUCUUUAUUUCUUGCUCUAGGAGUUUGGUGCAGUUUUAAAGAAUACGAGAUCAAUCAGAGAUUAUUUCGCACCCGUGUCACGUGACGAGGACUCCCCAAGUAAACAUUGCGUCAGAUAACAUUCUACUAACUUAACGUUUUGUAGCAAAAUUCACGCUGCUCCUUUUAUCUCAGUGUUAGUUGUAGAUUUAUUUGAUUUUAUGUGUAAAAUAAAAUAAAAUAUCAUGUCAAAUUCAUAAUAAAAGUCUUGCGUAUUUGAAACUAUUAUAUUGCUUAUGAUUUGUUAUGAGGUUUGGCGUACAAAAUGAAAAGGUUUAUAAAUCAAGAUUCAUUUUAAAAUUCACUCAUGUAAAAUUUCUCCGCUCUAACUACAUAAUAAGGAUCUUACCUAUAUCUAUUUCAUAAAAAAUACCAGUCAAAAAUCCAAGACAACCGUCCUUCAACCUGUUUUCAUCUCUGUACGGAUUCCAGGUUUUCUAUGUUCAACU